UAUGACUUAUGGGUCAACUGUUAUCAAACAAAGUCUUCCUUCCUUCUUCUUUGAAUAGGAAGGUUAAAUUACAGAGUGGAUUGACUGAUCUCCAACAAAAACUGGUCUGGAGAGCAGAAACUCCAUCACCAUUCACCACCACAGCCAUGGCGCUCUCUUCUUCACUUCCCAGACCCACCCUAGUCUUGAUCCUCUGUUUCCUAUUUCUGCUGCUGCAGCCAUUUUCAAGCUCAGCCCAAUCUUCAAACCAGGUCAUAACUAUAGGCUCAUCACUCUUAGCCAAAGAUAACUCUUAUUGGACCUCACCAUCAGGAGACUUCGCCUUCGGUUUCCAAAACAUUAAUGGACCUUCUUCCGGCUAUCUUCUCUCCAUUUGGUUCAACAAAAUCCCCGACAAAACCAUCGUUUGGUCAGCCAACCCACAAACACCCGCCCCUGAAGGUUCCAAAAUCGAGCUCACAAGUAACCGUUUCCAACUUACAAAUCCCAACGGCUCCCAGAUUUGGUCCGCCGGACUUUCAAGAAGUAGCCUAAGCAACGCAGCCAUGCUCGACUCCGGCAAUUUCGUAAUCCUGGGUAAUAGUAGUGGCUCAACCACUUUGUGGCAGAGUUUCGAUGAACCGACCGACACAAUCUUGCCCACUCAAACGCUUAACCAAGGGAGUAAACUCAUCUCCCGUUUAUUGAACACAAAUUUUUCUAAUGGACGAUUUCAGCUUGAAAUGCAAGCUGAUGGAAAUCUAGUUCUUUACACAAGAAGGUAUCCAUUGGACGAUGUUUAUUCAGCUUACUGGUCAAGUGAUUCCGUUGGCAGCGGCUUCCAAUUGAUAUACAACGAAACAGGGUAUAUCUAUCUCACUGCUAGGAAUGGAACAAUAUUGAUGAAUCUAUUCCCAUCAAACAACAAUAACUCAACCCAGUUUUACCUAAGAACAAUUCUCGACUACGAUGGAGUUCUACGUCAAUAUGUCUACCCUAAAUCUGUCGAUGCAGCUGCCGGCCGAUCCAUGAAUUGGAGUGUCUUGUCAUUCAUUCCUUCGGAUAUAUGCAUGAGCAUACGCCAAUGGAACGGGGCAGGGGCAUGCGGUUACAACAGUAUUUGUGUGGUUGGAGCUGAUCAAAGACCAACGUGCGAGUGCCCAUCUGGGUACACCCCGUUCGACUUAAAAGAUCCGUUGAGCGGCUGCAAACCGAACUUCGCUCCGCAGGAUUGCGAUGCUGAUGGACAAGAGUCGUAUAAUUUUGGGUUCGUCGAUUUGACUAACACGGAUUGGCCAUUGAACGAUUACGAGUUCUAUGUUCCGGUUACCGAAGAUUGGUGCCGAGCGGCGUGCUUGAGUGAUUGUUAUUGUGACGUUGCAAUCUUUAGAGAUGGUAGUUGCUGGAAGAAGAGGAGCCCUGUUUCUAAUGGAAAAGUUCAUCCUUCUGUUGGUGGUAAAGCCUUGGUUAAGAUUAGAAGAGCCAACUUAACAACAGCUCCUAACACUCAUGAUCUUCCUGGGGACGGUCGGAAUAGUAUACAACGUGGUCUGAUCCUUACUGUAUCAGUGUUAUUUGGAAGUUCGAUGUUCCUGAACAUUGUUCUAAUCUUAGCAACCUUCUGGGUCAUCAAGAGCAAGAAGACGAUAAUCGCCAGGCCACAUUCGACAGGCAGGAAUAAUCUUAGAUUUUUCUCGUACAAAGAGCUCGAAAUAGCGACCAGGGAAUUCAAGGAUGAAUUGGGAAGAGGGGCUUUCGCGGUUGUCUACAAAGGGGUGCUAAAGAAUGGAAGUAGUGAAGAAAUUAUUGCGGUUAAGACGAUAAACUCGAUGGAUAUAGGGGAGAACACGGACAGAGAAUUCAAAGCCGAGAUGGGUGCCAUUAGCCGAACAAAUCACAAGAACCUGGUUCAGCUCCUAGGAUAUUGCGACGAAGGGAAUAACCGUAUGCUUGUCUACGAGUACAUGAUCAACGGUUCUUUAGCGGGCUUCAUUUUCGGAAACUCAAGGCCAAGUUGGAAUAGAAGAGUGCAAAUUGCAUUCGGAAUAGCAAAAGGACUUACUUAUCUUCACGAAGAAUGUAGCAAGCAAAUCAUACAUUGCGACAUUAAGCCACAAAACAUUCUUCUAGACGAAACAUUCACAGCUAGAAUUUGCGAUUUCGGAUUGGCAAAACUCCUCAAGACGGAUCAAUCUAGAACGACUACCAUGAUAAGAGGGACAAAAGGAUACAUCGCCCCCGAAUGGUUCAAGAAGAAGCCCGUCACUAUUAGUGACGUUUACAGUUUUGGAAUCAUGUUGUUGGAGAUAGUGUGUUGUAGGAGGAAUGUGGAUGAGAAAGCCAAGUGUGAGGGAGAGAUCAUAUUAUCGGAUUGGGCUUUCGACUGCUUCAAAGAUGGGAUGAUUUAUCAGUUAGUGGAAGAUGAUGAGGAAGCCAUGAAUGACUUUGGAAAGGUGGAAAGGUUUGUGAUGAUUGCGUUAUGGUGCAUCCAAGAAGAACCUUCGCUUAGGCCAGAGAUGAAGAAAGUGUCGCAGAUGCUAGAGGGAUCUGUCGCUGUUUCCAUUCCUCCCGAUCCAUUCUCAUUUACUAGCUCGUUCUAGAUGUUUAAGUUUAAUAGAGGUAACAGAUAUAUUAGUUUUAUUAUCUUGAGUAGUAUUUAAGGAUAUUUUAAUUUAUUAAUAUUUAAGGGUAUUUCAGUUUAGUGUAAUCACUUACUAUAUAC